AUCAUCAAACCCUAGAGAAGCAUAGUGAUACACAGAUCGGAAGAAGGGACUAAAAACUGAGGGAAAAUGAGUCAAAAAAUAAGAACGGCUCCGAAACAAGAUGCUCAGUCCGUUGGCACCGUCGCCGUCGUCGAUGCUUCCGCUCAAGUCUCAAUGGACCCAUUUUUCCACAUCCUGAAACUCAUCCCCUACUCUUUCCUCCGCCCUCCCCGCCUCCGCCUUAAGCUCCCCUCCUUCUCCCUCCCGUCGGCCAUGACCGUCUUUUCUCUCAUCCUCCUCACCUACUUCAUGGUGGUUUCGGGCUUCAUCUAUGAUGUCAUCGUGGAGCCCCCCGGCAUUGGUUCUACCCAAGACCCCGCCACCGGCGCCGUCCGACCUGUCGUCUUCCUUCCGGGCCGAGUCAACGGUCAGUACAUCAUCGAAGGACUCUCCUCCGGGUUUAUGUUUGUGCUUGGUGGCAUUGGGAUCGUGCUCUUGGAUCUUGCCCUUGAUAAAAAUAGGGCUAGGAGUAUCAAGGUUUCGUACUCCAUGGCGGGGAUCUCCUCCAUUUUUAUUGCUUAUGUGAUGACUACGCUCUUUAUUCGCAUCAAGAUUCCUGGUUAUCUUAGGUGAAAAUAUUACUUUAUUAGCUAUUACUUAAGUCUUCUUCAAUUUAGUUGAACAAUUUGAAUAAAAAAGACCAUCUCUUUAGCUUGCUUUCU